AGCCACCUUGGCCCGAGCGGGCCUGCACAGGAGAUCCCUCAGCUCGCUCCCGGGCCUGCGGCAGGCCAUGUCCGCGGCGGUGCCCGCCCUCCCCGCAGCCCACGCGCCCCAUCCCGGCAGCCCCGCCGUGGCUUCGGCGGCUCCGGGAGGUGGCGCCGUGGCUGCCGUCGCGGCGGCCACAGCAGCCGCCAUGCUGACGUCGCCCCCGGCCCCAGCCUCUGUGUCCGAGCCGAUCGCCAGUGCCUUCACCCAGGCAGCCCCGACGACUGCAGCCCCAAGGGACCCGACCGCAGCCACGACGGCCAGCCCGGUGACCUACCAGUGGGCGCCGCCCGACGCCUCGCCAGCUGCACCACAGCCGGCAGCCCAGGCGGCAUGGCACGCCGUGGCAGCCCCGCGCACGAUAGUUGCCGUUCCGCGGCAGGCCGUGCCGGUGCAGCAACAGCUGGGGCCAGUGGAGAGCACGGAGGCGCCCACGGCGCACGCUCCGUCUGCUGGAGUCUCCGCCGGAGUCUCCGCUGGAGUCUCCGCUGCGACGAUUGCCGCCAGCGAGGCUGCGCCCACGCCCGUUGUGGUGGCGACCGGCGCGGAGGCCUGCGCCGCCGCGAGGCUGGCCCAGGCUGCCAUGACCCAGCGACCGCAGCAGCAAUACCCGGCCGCCUCCGCUGGCGCUGCAGCCCAGCCGCUGGCAGCGGCCACCGCCCAGGAGCCGCGCCAGGCCCACCAGCUCCGGCCCGUGGCUUCCUUCGUGCCCGUGACGCUGCGGCCCUCCGCCAGCGCCGCGUCCAUCGUAGCGGCGCCCGUGCACGGGCCGGCAGUGUACGCCGCCGACGUGCUCCGCCACGGGGAGGUGGUGCCCGUGGCGCUGGCUUCGCGGCCCCUGUGCCCAACUUUCGCGCAUGCACCAGUGGUGGUUGCGGCAAGCGCGGCUGCGGCCCACGCGGGCCCGCUGCCCCCGUCCAUGCUGUACUCGUUCUAUCCCAAGGCGCAGCAGGAGGCGGCGGAGAAGGUCGCGGUGCUCGCCGUGCCAGAGGGGCAGCAGAAGGUGAAGGUGGUGCGGAAGCAGAAGGGCGCGUGCCUGUGCUGAAGGAGCGCGGGCUAACGUCGACGCUCUGAAUGCUGAAUGAGUGCCUGUGGCAUCGUAGGAACGUUUGUUUUCGUCUACAUUCCCCGUGCCGACCCCGUGCUCCUCUCCCCUCUGCUCUCGUAUUGGCUCUCCCUUCGCCGCCGCCCAUCGGUAUUUUACCCCGCUGGAGCACGUGCGGCGGAAUACUUCGCCGCUGAUAAUGUUUUGUGCGUGCAGGCAUGCAGGGCCAAUGCUUAUUAAUUCGCAGGUGCAUGCCGAGGGGGAGAGGCCUCUUUCGGCAUGAUUCAUGAAAGUGGUGGCAACAAUUGAGAGCUCUCCCCGUGUGUGUGUGCAAUGCUUCGAGCACGGUUCGGGCGCGACGAUUGGAGCACCAAUGCGUGCCGUCCAACAAGUGGCUGAGCCUUCCUCCAGCUCGAUCUGAUCCUCCUCAUCAUCUUCUUCCCUCCCCUCGUGCUCCCACUCCCACCCCCUAGACCUCCGACGUCGUGUG